AUGAGGGUGAACAUCUUCAUUAAAUGGCUAUCGGAAACCAUCGGAAACCAUCGGAAACCGUCGGCAGUUGCUGACAUUUUUUCCCACCACAAGGUUCUUUGGCUGACGGCUAUCUUCUGCCUUGUAGUGUUCGUUCUGCCAGCGAGGAGUGAUCAAAUUCCGAUUGCGGUAUCCGGUAAACCGAGAGCAACUCUUCAAGUUGGCGCAAACGCCUCGGAACAGGAGCAGUUCGCAGCCGUCGAAAUUCAAUCCUUUAUCCAACAAUUCACAGGUGCCAAACUCGACAUCCGUACCAAUCGUCAACCAACGGAGACGCAAACGGUAAUUGUGCUUGGCACCCCAAAGUCAAACCCAACGAUCGCAGGAUUACAGGCGAACGUAGAACUGACCUUGGCAAAAGAACUUGGAGACGAAGGCUAUCGUAUCAAAACAGUAGAGGUCGGCACAGAGAUUGUCAUUGUUGUGACGGCGCACACCGAGAGUGGAGUGGUUUAUGGUGCGUAUGCCUUCAUUGAAAACUGUAUUACGGCGUUGACGGGUUUGAAACCCGUACAUCCAGAGUUACCGGUUGCCAAAGCGCAAGCACUGCUCGUGCCGUUUAUGAACGAGACCUCAUCACCAUUUUAUCCCGUGCGUGCUGUGUUGGAGAUAGAGGAACCCGACUGGCUCGCACGCCACCGUAUCAACAUGAGUGGCGGCGAAGGCGUUUGGGCAGGCACGGGUAUUGAAGAUGGGUUCGGGACGGCGUUUAAAUAUGUGGAUACUCCUACGUUUGAAAUCUUGCAGGAUGAACCGAUAGGCGCGCGGCGAGAACGCAUCGCAGUGCUACAAAAUCGGUUUAAUGCACUCGAACGACGCGGUAUUGAUGCCUAUCUUUUCAUGUAUGUGACGGGCGAACCGACAGAGGCACUGAUUCAACAGCGUCCCGAUGUCCUUGGACCGGCGGUGCUUUACGGGGCUUCUCGGAAUGAAGUAUCUUAUCGACCGUUCUGUUGGUCCAAACCGGCGUUUCAUACGCUCGCAAAGGAACUGACGCAGACGAUCGUGCGCACCUAUCCUGCGCUUGCCGGUUUGCAUCUACGUUCUUGGGGGCAUGAGACACGCGCAUGCGAUUGUCCUGACUGUGGAGAUAGGACGGAACAGGGACAAGCAAAACUUUGGCAAGUCUACUUUACGAUUAUCAACGCCGCACGAGAGGUGCGUCCGGACUUCAAAUUUUAUAUCUCUGGGUAUGACAGCAGUUGGCUCAAGGAUGCCGCAGGCGUUUAUGCCCAGCAGCUACCGAAAGGGACUAUUUUCUCGCGAAAAUGGGGCGCAGAUGGCGAACCCGUCGUGAGUGCAGGCGUGCCUAUCCCACAAGUCAGAGCACUCGGAGAAAUCGGGCAUCGCUUUAUAGUCCUUUCGCAUGAAGUAGAGGAGGUAAUGCCGUUAUGGAUGGUGGAAAGUGAUCUGUUUGUGCAAGGUGUUCGGCAACUUGCCAAUAACCCCGAAGUCGUCGGUCUCGGUGGGUUUACUGUCCAAGGCGCAACACAAGGGUUGGGAUACCUUGACCGGCUUGUCAGUGCAAGCCUCAAUUGGGAUAUCAACCUCGACCAUUAUCAACUCCUUCAAAACGAGUUGAUAGCCCGGUACGGCACCGAGGCCGCGCCACACAUUCUGAAUGCCUUGCGGGUAAACGGAUGGAACAUGGCAAGUUAUUUCUCAGAUUAUGCUGGAUCUUUGACCGUAGGUGGCGCAUACGGCAGUGGAUCCGCAGGACUCGCAACGCGAUUCUGGACAUUGAUUGGACCACGGGCUGUUGAAGAUACGUUGGCUAUCCCGGAACUCGACAUUGCGAAACUCGCUGUGGACCGGUUCACAGCACUUUUGGCACCACAACAGCAGGCUGCAAACGAGAUACGGGUAGCAAGUGAGAUCGCGGAACCCUUUGAUCUGGAAGCGACCGAGGAUUUACGCGAUGCCGUUCAUUUGAUGGAACUGUGGGUACUGCUCUUUGAAAGUCGAGCCAAAUUGGUAGAAGCGAUAGCACUCGGCUACGAGCCAGGUACGGAAGAGGCAAUCCGUGCAAAAAUCACGAGUGCGAUAGAAUUUUCAAAGUCUAUACAACCCCAUAUCAAAGGGAUUGAGGAAUUUAUCCCACUCUUCGGAUAUUCGCAUCGGACGAUUGAAGCGGAGUUGUUGAGUGCCUUAAACGAAGAAGUCGCUUGGUUAACGAGUUUCGAUUAUAAGACGCUCCAGAGACACGACGAGGGCUUUUCGCCAGAGGAAACCCCUUUCCGAAUUUGGGAUGUUCACAACUACCCGAAUCCUCUGAAAGAAGAAACAACAUUUACCUAUCAGUUAUCGUUGGAUGCAGAUGAAGUCUCUAUCACAAUUUACGCUACAUCCGGACGGGUUGUAAAUGUCUUGAAAGGGGCUUCAGGAAACGAAGGCUACAACGAGUUUAUGUGGGAUGCACGAGACGCUGACGAACCGCCACCACCCCUCAUCAAUUUUGCAUUGGGCCGGAAUGGGGCAACCGCGGAUGCCUCACAAUCCGUUCCAAACCAUCGCGCAGAAGAGAUAAUUGAUGGUGAUACUAACUCUGAGACGUGGGAUGAAGGCAGUGGAUGGGGGAGUAGUUUAGAGCAUCUGCGUACCUCAGAUCUAAACAAGCGCCAUUAUGUAUCCGUGACGCUCCCUAAACCGGUCGAUAUUCGUAAAAUUGUUAUAUGGACGAUCGACUCCGAGGAGUAUCCAGCGCCGCAAUUCGGGUUGAAGGACUAUCGGAUUGAGUAUUGGCACGGCACCGGUUGGGGGCUUAUUCCAUCGGGCGAUACGAGAGACAAACAGUAUACAGCGCGAGAUAAUAGCAAAGGUAAGCGGGUUCAUGAAGUCCAGCAACGCCUAAUAGCGAGCAAAGUCCGGAUCGUUCCUGUUUCCUCGAAUGAUACGGUCCGCAAUUACCAACACAUGGCAGGCAAGCGACCUGUGUAUGAAGUGCAAGGCGUUGCGCGAGUUAUGGAAUUGGAAGUUUGGGGUUAUGCCGCCCCGGAAGUCCAUACACUCAAGCAGAUUGCACAAGGAAUCCCGCCCGAAUCAGUGGCGCAUCCUGUAACAACACAGAUACAGAAUGGUAAACAUCAGACCGAACCGACGAUCAAAGAGAUGAUUCAGAGGGUUUUAAACCGGUAUGAACUCGGAUACGAUAUGGCGGACCUAACGGAGGUUAUGUCCUGUUUUUCAGAGGUGUAUUUCUCCAAUGGACGCACAUACCAAGACGUUGAAACAAAGGCAACCGAAUUUUUUGAAGUCUAUCAUCAAAUUGACAUGACCCUGACCGACAUCGACAUUCAUUCGAACAUAGUUGACGAUACGGCGAUUGUAACGGGUGGCUACACGUUGCAAUAUGCUCCGAAAGCGAACGGUCAGGUUGAACAGACAUCUGGCAAAUUGACGUUGGUUUUCGCGAAUGAAGCGGAAACGUGGCGCAUUAUCCGGGCAGAAUAA